UAUUUCGAAGAAGGUCUUGCAGCAUUAGACAAUCAAAAAUCAUCUGUUCAAGUAGUACAAAAUAAAGGUGAACCACUUCCAACUAGAACAUUUCAAGUAUUACAAAGAAUUUGUAGACAAGAGAUUGAUAUUAGAAACAUUGUAAAAUUAGAUUCAAAAAAAGUUUCUUAUAGUCGUGGUCUUGGACUUUGUAAAAAGGCUCUAAAUAUAGCAAUCACAAAUGGUUCUAAUAAGACUUUGGAAAAUAUUUUACAACAAUUUAUUGAUAAACAAAUUUCAGUACAAAAUAAAAAUAUAUUUGAACAAAAGUUAAAUCCAGAAAAUAACGAAUUUACGAUUGAGAAAAAUAAUAGCAAAAAUAGUAGUUCGAGUAAUCAAGCUGAAAUAUCAGAAUUAGGAUCAAAAAAGAAAAACAAGCAUCAGUGUGAUACAU